AUGUCUCCUCAACCUUACAAUUAUACGGGACCCGUGGACUGCAGCAUCGCCGCGGACAAGACGCAAUGCAAAGGAAAAAGCGUCAUUGUAACUGGAGGUUUGUGCAGCGCCAGCAGUGUUUCAUCCAUUGAUUUCUCACUGUCUGAAUGUGGCUUCCUACUGAAAAGCAUCAGCACUGUACUGACCGCUGCCGUUUCAGGGGCUAAUGGACUGGGGGAGGCAUAUGUUCGAGCAUUUGUGGAAGCAGGGGCAUUUGUGACUUUUUGUGACAUAAAUGAGGGGAAAGGACAAGCAGUCGAGGCCGAAUUGACACCCCAAAAUGUUUGCUUUGUCAAGUGUGACACCCGAUCUUGGGAUGAUCAAGUACAAAUGUUCGAGUCAGCCGUGGCCAAAUCCCCCAGCAAAAGUGUGGAUAUCGUCAUUGCAAAUGCUGGAGUUGGUAGAGGAUCUGGAGAUCCGAUGAUGCAAUUGGAAGAUCCUUUCACAACACCCACAAAGCCAAGUACGCACAUCAUCGACAUCAACCUAAUCGGCGCUUUGUACACAUUUAAAUUAGCAGUCCACUAUUUCCGCCGAAGUCCACCAGGUGCUGACAGAGACCGGUGCUUUAUCUUCAUCGGUAGUGUUGCUGGCUUUGUAGACAAUCUGGGAAGUUGGGAAUAUUCCGCUGCCAAAUUUGGUCUUCGGGGUUUCAUGAGGGCGGUGCGGUGGCAUUCAUACCACCAAAGUAUUCGAGUGGCUUAUGUUGCCCCUUAUUACGUCAGGACUGUCAUUCAAUCUGCGGAGACCUAUCAAGGCAUGAAAGACAAAGGUGUUGAAUUCGCAACAGUUGAUAGCUGCGUCGCGGCAAUCAUGAAAAUUUCUUGUGACAAAGAAAUCAAUGGACAUUCAUUCGUUAUCGUCCCCUACUCUGUAGCAAGCGAAGGAUUCAAGGAUGCCGGGGAGGACGACUGGACUGAUGAGAACUACUGGCUGCAGAAAAUGCAGAGAACUGUCGUCAAGGCAAGAGGGGAUGCAUGGAGUUGA